GACUGGCUGGUGUCACAUCACAUUCCCGUCAGCGAGGCCUGAAAUGUUAAUGUUACCCGGAGACACUGGAUUGCUGGCUGUUUUGGCCUGAGCCCAGCCUGUGUUUUGUGCACAUAACCCGCUCCUUGGGCUCUCUGAGAGGUUGUAAAUUCACCGGCUGUUUACUUCACUGUCCAAACAGCAGCCGAGUGUCCGUGCUGCUUUAUUUAUAGAAAUCCAGAGAGAGAAGUGCCCCCUGGGACAUUUAAGAUGUUAACAAAUGUGCUACAAAAACAUCCUGACCGUCAGCAUUCAUGAUUUGGACUCAUAUACACAUACACACUGACAUACAUGUAUUAUACAUGAACCUGCUUAUUGAGGUUGUCUCGGCCGAGUUGUGGUUGUGGUAAAAGCCUCAUCUGGCUCCGGAGACCCAGUGGGACUAUGAAUCACCCAGUGCUGACCCAUCACGAAGAUUAAUAGGGAGCAGUAAUUCUCACUUGCUCUUCUGGUUACUGCUGGCUUGUAAAUACUGGAGGCGAUGAGGGAAAAUGUUAGAAUGAGUUCAUGAGUAUUAGGACAAUGCUCAUUUGAUUUGCUGACCGUCAGCUUUGCUUUAGGGUGUUUCCAGUUGCAUCACAUGAACAGUGUAGCACUUGUAGCCCUUUUUAUACAUAGUCUGAGCUUAAAGUUACUAUGAGGACCUUGUAACUGGUUGUAAAACAGUCCAAGUUCAAAACGGAUGCCUCUAUAUAACCUACAUAAGUAAACUAGACCAUCAGCGAGAAGAUUGUCCAUUUCUAUCUAUUCAUUCUUAAUGCUUAUCGUAAUGGUUACCCCUAAUAACACCUCCCUAAGUAAACACUGUUCUGCUCUAUUGGCACAGUUGCUGUUUGCACCGUUUUGUGCUGUUAGCACAGCUUCUAGCCACUGGCUCAGCCGUCGCCAUGUUGAGAGCUGUGUGGAGGCAAUCCUUCAAUCAUAUCAAUCAAUAUCUUUUGAGGGUUUCUUGCAAUUCCAGUCAAUGAUACAUUUUAUCACAAUUCAUUCACAAGCUGUUAAUGGUAAAUCGAAAUGUUGAAAACAUGGCCACUUUGGCUAAAUAUCUUCAGUCUGGGAGCAGUCUAAUUGCCAAUGGCCAGUAUUCAUAGUGCAGAAUUGAAUUAGAUGCACUUAAAGGAGCUCUAAACGGAAUUCAAAGCAAAUCAGGGGGAUUGCUUCCACACGGCUCUCAACACGGUGAUGGCUGAGCCGCUGGCUAGUGGCCAACAGUGCGAACAGCACGAACAGUGCAAACUGCAACAGUGCUAACAGUGUUUGCCUUGGGGGGAAACGGGGGGUGGGCGCUACACUUCCGCAUAUUAUGAGGUAGUGUAGUCGGUGGACCCAAACGCACACUGACACAGCAGGUUUACUCCAGCCAAAGACUUUAUUUUAAUUAUGCAGGAGGAGACAAAGAAUAAACAAAAACAAAGGCAACUGUCCAGCGGAUAAAAGUCACUCCCUUUUCUCCACCGGAGUCGGGAGGGAAGCUCAACCGAUGAUGACCGGGACAGGUAGCCUCCGGAGACGGGAGGGAAACUCGACCGUACUCUCACCUGGAAAAGGUCUGGAGGGACAGGACGGCGCGACUGUGUGGAGGCCCGAGGUCCGACACAGCAAAACAAAAGGCACAGGUGAUCUUCCAGGGAAUCGACGCUGAGCGGCAAUGGAGCAGAAGACAAACAGGUUACGAUCUUCACUGAAUCGGUGUUCAGACUCACGUGGACUGAGACCAGACUGGUAACUGGACGGACUGACGACGCGCCGGGGAAACGCCGAGCUUCUCUGUCUGUUUCCAUUAAAACACAGCCCUAGAGCACCAUGGGAGGCGUGGCGGCAGACGUGGGUGCAGAGGGGGGGAAGGCCCCAGACGGCGGGUGGGGCUGGGCGGUGCUGUCCGGCUGUUUUGUCAUCACAGGUUUCUCCUACGCUUUCCCAAAAGCGGUCAGUGUGUUUUUCAAAGAGCUGAUCAGGGAGUUUGGGGUGGGAUACAGCGACACGGCCUGGAUCUCCUCCAUACUGCUGGCCAUGCUCUACGGCACAGGUCCUCUGUGCAGUGUCCUGGUCAACCGCUUCGGCUGUCGUCCAGUGAUGAUGGUGGGCGGCCUCUUUGCCUCGCUGGGAAUGAUCCUGGCCUCCUUUUCCACCAGCAUCAUCCACAUCUACCUCUCUACUGGGGUCAUCACAGGUUUGGGGUUAGCCCUGAACUUCCAACCAUCUCUCAUUAUGCUCAACCGCUACUUCAGUGAGAAGCGUCCUCUGGCCAAUGGGCUAUCGGCGGCAGGAAGCCCUGUGGCCCUGUGCUGCCUCUCGCCACUGGGCCAGGUCCUCCAGGACCAGUACGGAUGGAGGGGGGGCUUCCUCAUAUUGGGUGGCAUUCUACUCAACUGUUGCGUGUGUGGGGCCCUAAUGAGGCCUCUGGUCGCCCCCAAGGCGCUCAAGUCCAAGGACCAGGAACAAGACAACGAGGAAGGAACAGAGAAGAAGAAGAAGCCAAACGCCAAGCUGCUGGACUUCUCUGUGUUCAAAGACACCGGAUUUCUUAUCUACACUGUGGCUGCGUCCAUCAUGGUUCUGGGGUUGUUUGUGCCUCCGGUGUUCGUCGUGAGCUAUGCCAAGGAGCUGGGGAAUGAGGACACCAAAUCGGCUCUGCUACUCACCAUCCUGGGCUUCAUUGACAUUUUUGCACGGCCCACGUGCGGCGUAAUUGCCGGACUGAAAUGGGUACGGCCUCAUUGCGUCUACCUCCUCAGCUUCGCUAUGCUCUUCAAUGGAAUCACUGACCUGGUCGGAUCACAGGCCAAGGACUACGCAUCGCUGGUGGUCUUCUGCAUCUUCUUCGGCAUCUCAUACGGUAUGGUGGGUGCCCUGCAGUUUGAGGUUCUCAUGACAAUAGUUGGCACUGAGAAGUUCUCCAGUGCCAUCGGCCUGGUCCUGCUCAUGGAGGCCAUUGCUGUGCUGGUGGGGCCGCCUGGUGCAGGCCGCCUUCUUGAUGCCACCAAGGACUACAUGUGGGUCUUCCUGCUGGCAGGAAGCGAGGUGGUCCUCUCAGCCCUGGUUCUGGCCACUUGUAACUUCCUGUUCAUCAGAAACAAGUCCUCAGCUUCGGCGGACAAGCUUGAGUGCAUCACAGUGAGGGACGAUGCCAAGACAGAGGUUUGUGGCAAGCCUGCGGAGAUGGAUGAGGAAGAGGAGAAGGGAGCAAGAGAGCAAGAGAAGGAGACAAAGGAGGAGGUGAUAAAGGAGGAGGAGGAGGAGACAGACAAAGAGACAGUAGAGGAGGUCAGGCCAAAGAGUGUAACAGUGGACUCACAGGAAGUGGAAAGGUUCUUAAAAGAGCCACAACAAAAUGGCGACAUGGCCACUAGUCCUGAAACAUCCAUGUGAUUAGAGAUGAGAUUAUAGUCUAUGUUCAUGCCUUUUAUUGAAAAACAACAACAGGAUGAAGUGAACUUUGAAGUGUUAUAAUGACACUAUUGGAUAGUUGUGCAUUCCUCGAAAUCAGUGUCUGGCGGGGGGCUGAUUGGUGUUACUGCCUUAUGAAAUAGUAAAUGUUACGUCAGCAAUAUUUUAUCACUAGAUAUUUCAUAGAAUAACACAGUUUUAGCACUGCCUUGUUUAUGUCAAUCGUUUUAUUUUGAUGUCGCCACCAGCAAAUAAUGUCAAGGGGUGAUUUUGACGAUGUUCUAUGUUCGUGUCAGUAAAUCCCAUGAAAAUCACAUAAUUUAACUAUAGAGGUUUUACCUGUAGGUGGUGAAAUAAAUAUUUUGUGCAUUGUCCCUGUAAAAUAUAAAAACAUUAAAAAUAAAAUAACAAUCAAUUUAU